AUGAACCUGACCGCGACGCUGGGAUCGGGUGCGAACGUUUUCGGGAUCGACCUUCCCAACGUGGAAAUCCCUGCUGCCGUCACGGAUAACAUCGGGAACCACGAUCGUUGGAAGGACUUCGGCCAGGAGAUCGGGAAAGCCGUCCGACGGGGAUCGGAAAUCGUUCACAGCGGACAAGUGGGGGAAGUGUCUCAGAAGGUCAUCGCGGACCUGGUCAACGAGGGGAAGAAGGUAGUGGACGUGGUGAAAGAGAAAGCCUCUGACAUGAUCAACGAGGCUCUUUCCAUUCGCACCACUACCGUCCCCCCCCUCGAGGCACCUCUUGUUGAGGAUACCCCAGACUUGGAGGACGGAGAGCAGAUGGAGACCUUCGAGUCUAGCACAGAAUCCGGAGAAGCAGAGCAGACGACACCCUCAUCAUCGACCUCUGAAGCUGACAUACCGCAAACGACGACGUUGAAGUCGACCGCAGAAGUCGACAGGCAGCAGACGACGACGGUGUCGCCGAAUGCGGAAUCCGAGAUUGCUGAGCAAACAACGAUAGUAUCCUCGAACACAGAAGCCGAAAUUGCUGAGCAAACAAUGCCGUCGACGUCAAUGACGGAAAAGGAAAAUGAGGAGGCAAUAGGAGAGUACCAAGAGUUGGGAGGAGAGGAAAUGGGAGAAGAAAUGGAAGGAGAGGAGAUGGGAGACGAAAUGGAAGGAGAGGAGAUGGGAGACGUGGAAGUUCCGACGACGGAAGCCACCACUGCAAUGUCUGAAGGAAUCCCUGAAUCCAGUUCACCCGAGGCCAUCAAUGCAUCCGUCGAAGAUAUCAAGGAAAAUUAUGAAACCCCAGAACAAGAGGAAGUGGUAGAAGGGUUCGAUACCGAUCUUCCAGCAGAUUCACCUCAGACCGAAGAAAACCCAAGAGAUAACAAGAUUCCAACAUUCAAUGUUAACCUGAACAACAUCCUCCGCCGUAAUAGUAGGGUCGGCCCCAUCUUGAGUGCUCUAGAGAGCGCGAUUCAGCGUCCUGGGAUUCUCGAACGUCCUCAGUCCUCCGGUAACUUGGUGGGUAUCGCGCAAUUCUUGGGAGAGAAGAUCGGGGAUGUGGUGAAAACGAACGUCGCCCAAGUCCUGCCUUCCAUAGUGCAGGGAGAGGAUCAGGAGGGAAAUCUCGGCAGGGAUUUCCUCGUCUCGAUCUUACGAGAAGGAAUGACGAACGCGCUGGAAAGAACCAUGGAUCGAUUCCUCCGGAGUCCCUUCCUGGACGAGGUCGAGAUAGCGGUUCGAGACGGAACGAGAGCGAUCGAAGCCAGUCUGCAGUCGCUUUCGCGCAUCGCCUUUGGACUUCAGGGUUUCCAGCCUCGUCCGGAUCAAGCGCCCGAAGUCGACAAUAGAAUAGAGAGAAUGAUUCAGACGGGGGUGGGGAUGGUCGACGAAGGGAGGGAUAUGAUUCGACGGGCUCUCUGGCAACUCCGAGGAAACAGGGACUCGAGAAACGACGACGUGGAAAACGACGAUGACGACGAUGACGACGACGACGACGACGACGACAAAGAGACGCCGACGGUCCCAUACGAACCGUUGGAACCGUCAGAGGAGAAUUUCAUAGUUGAUUACCCUCCCCCGCUCCAGUCGUUGUUCAGGAACGCGCCUCCCAAGAGGCCGAACCCGGAAGAGGGUCGGGCUCUCCAUCGGUUGGCCGUGAGCAUCGCCAAGAAGGCCAUCGAAUCCUCGAAAAAGCCAAACGAAAGGGUUCGACGCCAGGCCGAGGACAGGCAGGACUUCGACCUUCCGUCUAUCCUUGCUCUUCAGGUUUGA